UGUUCCUUUGUUGUGUCCCCAAUAUAAAUACACACCAGCAGGCCCACGGCGCGACAGAUUUCAAACACUUUCACUCCUGUGGAACAGACGGUGCAGCAAAAACUCUCUGUGACUCUUUAAAAAUUAAGGAUUUUGGACAAUUUUUCAAAAAAAAAACCUGAAAUGGAUUCAGAUGCCAGCUCCACGUGCAGCCGAUCCUCAUCUCCAGACCUGGUGGUGGAUGACUCUGCCGGCAGCUUCUUCUCCAACAAUAUUUUUCAGAAAUACUGCCAGGAGAAUAGAAAUGACAGUGAAGCUGACCAAGGCAGGAUGGAACGUGGAGGCGGGAAGACCAAGAGCAGGUCUGAACUCAGCAAGGAGGAGAUGCAAGACUUAAGGCUCAAAGUCAAUAGCCGGGAGAGGAAGAGGAUGCAUGACCUGAACCAGGCCAUGGACGGACUGAGGGAGGUGAUGCCCUACGCUCAUGGACCUUCUGUUCGCAAACUGUCCAAAAUAUCCACCUUGCUUCUAGCUCGCAAUUACAUUCUCAUGCUGUCCAGCUCUCUAGAGGAGAUGAAAAAACUGGUCGGGGACGUCUACGGAGGUGGUGCUGCCGCCCAGAGCCGCUCCACUGCCCACUCAACUAUCAACCAUGCAGCCACAUCUGUUCACCUCCCUCUGCAUCCUCUGGCCCAGUCCCUUCACUCUCUGGUGGGCAGCACACCUACAGCUCUGCAGCAUCACUCCUCUCCUCCUUCCUCAGCUCCAGCUCCUCAUUCCCCUCCAUCAGCUAGCUUCCUGGGCUUCCAUGCUCCAGUGCAGGGCCUUCUCAAGGACCCACUCCACCUUGGUGGCUCCUACAGACAUUUUCCUGGCAUGCCAUGCCCGUGCACACUCUGCCAGCCUCUGCCGACCGCCACCUCCACAUUGCACAGCUUGUCUAUGAAUAAAUGAAGGAGGACUUGCAACACAAUGACUGAAGCCAAACUUGUUCAUAUUGUACAUACAAACUGCUGCUAUUUUGUCAAAAAAAUAUUUUGUACUUUGUUAUAGAGCAACAUUGGGCCUUUUACUUGUGUAACAAAAUCUGCAACUUAUCCAAUGUUUGUGGUAAGGAAAGCUUGUAAAAAAUUGGA